AUGUGUAACGACGGUCUUGCGGGUGCUGGUAAGACUUUUUACGUGGAGGGGAUUUUUGAACCUACCAAGGAUGCAUAUAUCUCACCGAUGGUGGAUGUCCAGACCGAGAAAGCGUUAAAGGCAAAACACGGUAAUCAUACGAAACUUAGCUUGAAGACGUUCGAGAAGUUAGACGAAGUCAAAGUGUCUCCCGAUGGGGUGUUGUACAUAGAUGAAGCGGGUGCCUUCAACAAACAGUACCUAAUAUUUAUUAUGCUCAAGUUUUCAGCUAAAAAAUUUGUAUUUCUCGGCGAUGAUGAGCAAACUAAAUACUUCGAUCCAGUCGGAGAUUUGGGUAAUGAAGACUUUUGUUCAUUAAUUCAUUACAGGGAUAUCACUGUGAUGUAUUAUUCUUUUAGAUACGGACCGACGGUGGCAGCACAUUUGAACACCGCAUUUAAUUACCCAGUCUUUUCUCUAAGGAACGAAGACAUGAAAUUAUAUUACCAUAACCUCGACGAAUUCGGAACUACAGUUGAAGGAGUGAAUCUUACGGUGACAGAGAAAAGUGUCACACAUUUUAAAGAAAGAAAUGUAAAUAAUGUCAGGACGGUCAAGUCAUCUCAGGGACAGAACUGUUCGCGCGUGAACUUGCUCUAUUUCCCGCGAGAUGUAGACGCGGCCAUACAAUACCAUUCCAAUGGAAUAGUAGGUGCUUCUCGGGCCAGGGACAAAUUACACAUAUACUUAGAACUUAAGUCAAAAAGUUCGAAGCAUACAAAGAAUCUCACGGCAAUGGUGGAUAAUUACUCGACGAUGUUCGAUGUCGUGGUUCCUAACACUUCGGAUUUUUAG